AUGGUAACUCGACAUAUCCAGGGAGCGUCUGGUUUACCAAUUGAUAAUAAUCCAACAAUUUUGCAUGAAGACAAUGCGGCAUGUGUUACCCAGAUGAAAGAAGGUUACAUAAAAAGUGACAGAACCAAGCAUAUCCCGCCGAAGUUUUUCUCAUUCACACAAGAAUUGGAAAGAAACAAAGAGGUUGAUAUUCAGUAUAUUCGUUCAAGUGAUAACGUGGCAAAUCUCUUUACAAAGGCACUUCCUACAUCAAUUUUCAAGAAGCAUGUACAAAAUAUUGGAAUGCGUCACCUUCGAGAUCUUUAA